AUGUCUACUGACCGUGUUGAAGACCGGGAAGUAGAUGUGUUCGAGAAGUUAAUGCGUUCAUCGCUGAAAGAUGUAUGUAUUGACAGAGAAGGCGACAUCCAUGGAUUUUGCGAGACAGAAGAGGAUGUUGUCCAUCUUCUGAGCAACUUGCGCGUCCAUGGCUACGCAUACUCAGUUAGAAGUAGUGCGUAUUAUCGCCAGCCCCCUUCAGGUGCUGCUAAACACGAGACAGGCUUCUUCUACAGCCACACAAAAGGCAACAUACCAAUACAGUUUUUUGGCCCUGUUUUCUGCGUUGAAAGCUUAGUGAAAAGAGAAUGUACUCUUGGCCCGUUAUAUCAUAAAAAGGAGACUCCUGUUGCAGAUCAUCUGGUGGACCAUGUUAACCCAAAGAAGAAGAGAAAAGUUCUCAUGGACACACAAAAGAAAGGCUGUCCAGCAACAUUGGAUGUUAAGUGUGUCAGGGUAUUCCCCGAUUAUGCGAUAAACUCUGCAACAGACAGGUCAAAAAAAGUACUCUGUGUUCUUGUGCCACAUUUAAAAGCAGCAUUCAGAUCAGCUUUUUUGGUUCUUUUGUAUUGCAUGGGAGCAAUGGACAAGCCACAAGCAAAAUUUACAAAAGAGUUGCAGUUGCAGAUCACCUUGGCAACGUCAAGGUGACACAGUUGUCUUCUGCCAGCAGCGAGGGGCAAUGUUGUGAUCAUUCCUCUGAACCUCCUCUCGAGGAAAGUGUAAUUGACACACAAUGCAUACCCAGGUGCAGUAGUCCCUACUGUUAGAAAUAAGGUUGCUGUGGCACAUUACCUGGUUGUGUAUCAUCAAGGUGCGUAAUGUGAUAACAU